AUGCUCGUGUCUGGAGCCGACCUGAAGCUAACCAUUAGACAAGCCAAUUACACAAGUAUGUCUCUCCAGAGCACAGGAAGAGGCCGGGCGGAUGUGGAGGUGGCAGUCCUUCAGUUUACCCCAUACACACUCAGCCUGUCGGGGGAAGAAACCAGGCUGUACCCGGUGCCAAUGCCAGCGCUGGAGCCAGGCCCGUCCCACUGGAGUCUGUGGAUCAUGUUCUGGAUCACAGCAGCAUUGACGCAGCCCUACAGCCCGCAGCUCUUCUGUCACCGAUACCCCAGCGUUUGUCCCAUAAUGGGCGACACUGACACUGGCUUGUCACCUGGACUUUGUCUGGUGCGUGCCUCUGCCUCCCCACCCUGCUCCCUUGGGAUGCAGCAGCACAUGGAGCUGGUCACAGAGGAGCUGACCCCGAGCGCCCCGUCCUCACAUUCUGUAGAAGACACCAAACGAUGGUGGUUGUCUCGAUGCCAGGCCAAAGGAACACUUUACUCACGUUCACUCUUCGCUUUCUUUGAACCAAGCGCCCUGGACGCACUGGAGGGCAGGAAUGUGGCGCUCCCAGAAGGCCACGCUCACCAAGAGGCCCCAGACGGGCAUGAAUAUUUCCACCCUUUCCGCUCUCUGUCCUGGGGGAGUUCAAGUCGAAAGUAUGCAAGAGGCCAAGUGUCAAAUAAGCGCAUUAUGAUCGCAGAUAGAAAAAGAAAAAUCAGCGUAAGAACCAGCUCUGACAUGGCGUCGCGAUCUUGUUUACGUUGUGAAGGAGGAAGAGCUUGUCGCCAGGGGAAACGCUCCACUUCCGGCUCGGGGGGAAACGUGAGGCGGGGCAGGGCGACGUCGGACCCCGCUCCGUCUGCAGCCGCCUCGCAUGGGACCUGGGCCACCUUUCAUCCCGACGUGUUUCUUUGCUUUCUUUCGGCUUCUAUCCACACGGUCAUCAGUAUCGGCCUUUCUCCUGGCUCCUGGGGGUUUAGCUUCACUUCUCAGUAG